CUCAUCAGAAUACCCCACUGAUUUCGUCUCUGUAGUAAAGAGGAAAAUCAACGUGAACAACAUGUCUGGAAGAGGUAAAACCGGAGGAAAAGCCCGCGCUAAGGCAAAGACUCGCAGUUCCCGUGCUGGUCUACAGUUUCCCGUUGGCCGUGUUCACCGUCUUCUGCGGAAAGGCAACUAUGCUGAAAGGGUGGGCGCUGGUGCUCCCGUCUACUUGGCGGCUGUUCUCGAGUACCUCACCGCUGAAAUUCUCGAGUUGGCGGGAAACGCUGCAAGAGACAAUAAGAAGACUCGUAUCAUUCCUCGUCAUCUUCAGCUGGCUGUUCGUAACGACGAGGAGCUGAACAAAUUGCUCGGUGGAGUGACAAUCGCCCAGGGUGGUGUUCUCCCCAACAUCCAGGCCGUGCUCUUGCCCAAGAAGGCUGGCCAGUCUGUCCCCAGCUCUGGGAAAUCGGGAAAGAAAGCAUCUUCCCAGUCGCAGGAGUAUUAAUAAAUACA